UAGAUCUACACAGGUUGAUUCACGUUCACUGUCAUUUCUAUUUAAAUUACUACGUGUAAAUAUCCCUUUUAAGGGAUGUCUUUAAUUGUGAAGGGGUAUGAUUGUGAAUUAAAGAAAUAAACAGAUUAAGUUCGGGUGUAAACUGCACAGUUUGAGAAAGUGGAAGAGAACUAAUACUCGUUGAUGAUUAAACUUUAAAGUGAAAGAGACCAAUCUUUUUAGAAUGGAACAUUUGUGCUGGUUUAAAACAGAAAGAUGAUUUUGUCAAAGUUGUUACUAUUGGUGACAUGCUGCCUUCUACCAAUACACUUGGAUUCUUUUGACCCAUAUGAUUGUAGUUUCUAUUUUUGCCAACCGCAUGGUUCUUAUUGGUGGAAACAGCAUGCAAGCUUCUGCUUCCGUUGUUCACCGGACAGAAUCUACCACUGUGCUCGAGAUUAUGAUAAUCCUGAGAUCUUCAAAGAAGGAUGCGCUAUUGAAAAAAAUUGUUUAGCAGGAGAAGAGCCACAUUUGAGCUUUAAAAGAAGUGGUCAAGAAAUAAAAGAACCAGAUGUGUAUUGUGUGACCUGUUUUGAUAAUAACUACUACAACAGUGUCAACAAAUCUUCUUCAACAUACUCUGAAUGUCCAGAUAAAAAAUGGAAUGAUUGUUCUGAAGGAACUCACAAGAUCCUAUGCAAUGACGACGAUUCAAAAAAUGAACGUUUUUGUCGAUGUGAUGCAAGGAAAGGAUAUGCACCUAUCAAUGAUCAAAGUUUUGAAAUGUGUAGUUACAUUGACUAUGAAUGUGACAAAAAAGAAUGUCCAAAAUUGCCAAAUGGAAAACCACAACAAAGGCUAUUAAAUUAUACAUGUGCUCCUUCUUGUGAAGAAGGCUAUGAUAGACUAAGAGAAGACUCAGAUAUCUGUGAACCUAUACCAACAAUAAAAACAGCAAUAGUCAUUAAACCAAACAUCCCUACAAAACCAUUAUUAACAACAACAACUCCAGUUGUCCCAGUUCCAGUUGAAGGUUGUAAAGAAGACUGUGAUGAGUACAGUAUAUGUAAAAAUGGGACAUGUGUGUGUAGUGAUAGUUGUCCAUCUGUUUUAAAACCAGUUUGUGGAUAUGAUUCAAAGUCUGAAGAAUACAGGACAUUUUCAACAGAAUGUGACCUCCGGAAAAACUUUUGUAAGGAUAGGAAAUUCCAUUUAAAACAUCAUGGAAAAUGUGAAAAAGAAUCGGGAAUAGAAUGGGUUGUACCUAUCAUUAUUGCUUGCGUCAUUGCAGUUCUUGUCAUCAUUAUUGUGAUAUAUUGUUGCAUUUUUAAAAUGACUGGUCUUGGAAAGAAAUGUAUAGAAAGAUUCUGUCCAUAUCCUAAUUUAGAUAUGGUACUGUAUGUUGAAACACCACAAAGUGACAGAUCAGUUGUUGAUGGAAAUGCUACAGUGGAAGAUGAAACUCAGGGUUCCCAUUCAAAUAUGGAACCGUAUGUUGAAGUACCACAAAAUGACACAUCAGUUGUGGAUGGAAAUGUUACAGUGGAAGAUGAAACUAAAAUUAGAUCAUCAAGAAAGGCACCAAUUUGUGAACAAGAGGAUACAUCUACACCUAGUCUAAGACCUAGAAGAGAUUCACAACCAAUUGUUAUUCAUGAAUACAAUUAUUUCUACCAAGGUCCUGUAAUAAAGACUAAGGGCAAAAAUACUCAGAUAUCUAUGUGUAGUAACAAAGGGGAAAUGCAAAUAAAGCAUAACAUGGAUGAUGCUGCUAAUGGUGAAGAUAAACCACUGUUAUCUGACCAAGAUCAUGAAGAUGAAACCAAACAAAUAGUUCCUGUUGAGGUUCAUGAUGCAAUACCUCAUCCUAAUAUAGAACAAGGGGAUAAUUAUAAUAAGAAUGAUGAUAAUAUAAAAUAUAAUGAUGUAAAUAGAGGAGAUAGUGUCAAUGAUGAAAAUGAAAAAAAUGGUGGACAUGAAAAUAAUGAAACAAGUCUUAAAUCAGACAAAGUUAAAGAUAGCUCUUUAGACGAGAGAAAAAUUGAGACAGAUAAACCUGCCACUAAACAGCUAUCAGGAACAGACAGGAAAGAAAAGUCAACCGAGAAAAUAUUAAAAAGAGGAGUGUCUGAAUCACAUGAAAGCUUGUUCAACAUUGAAGAUGUAAAAGCUCAAUUCAAUAAUAUGGAUGAAUACAAACUUAUGAUCGGAUAUGCAUUGGAUGGUAGUUUGAGGUAUCUACUGGAAAAUAUGGAACCGAUGUUAAUUCAUACAUGUUUCACAGAAAGGCAUAUGUUUGACUUCAUACCAUUGCGAAAUAUUACUGAGGAAAAGAAUAAAACCGACAAAUCUAGAGAAAUUGUACGCCUUGUGAGACAAACUGGUGAAGACAACUACAACAAAUUUAAGAAAUGCUUGAGAGAUUCAAAACAAUAUGGUUGUCUGCGAAAGAUAUUGGAAGUACAGAAUAAGUAUUUAGCAAAAAUAAAUCAGCAAUCUACCGAACGCCACCGUUGUGAUAGUGCUCUAAGUCAAAGUGAUUCAGAUAUUUAUAACACAUUAAACAGUCAGACACUUGAUGAUGAUACAUUUAUAUCAGAUAUACCUGAGCACACAGAGCAAUCAGGCAGAGAUUUAACUGAACACACAGAAGAAUCAGACACAGAUUUACUUGAACACUCAGAGCAAUCAGGCACAGAUAUACCUGAACAAACAGAGCAAUCAGGCAUAGGGAUAGUUCCAAUUUUACCAUCACAGGAAACUAAGAGUCCCUGCAAAGCAGGACCUACUGUUGUUCCUGCUCCCAGCGAUUCAUUAGAAGAUAUACAGCAGAAUUAUCAAACUGAAAGUAAACCAAAAGUUAAUCUUUCAGAAGUUGAAGAGAUGUGCAUGAAAGAUUUAAAGGAAUUUGUAACAAUUAAAAUGGUUGAUUAUGAUCGGAAAGCCAUUACAGAAAAUUUUGAGAUAUUUGUUGAAAAGUGUGAUGAAAUAAAGAAGAAACGACCAGAAUUAACUGCAGAGACACUGCUUCCACCUCAACUUGUGAAAUCUCUUCCAGAAUCUAUACAGUAUGAGAAUACACCGCAAGGGUUUCAAGCAUAUCGGUCAAGUGGGGACGACAACUCUUGUUUAUAUCAAAGUGUAAGCCUAUUGUUGAGUGGGACGGAAAACUUACAGUGUAGUCUAAGAUUAAUGGCUACCUUACAUGCUGUUUCAUCAUUUGAAAUGUAUAAAAAACAACUGCUUUGUGGUACUGGUAAUUGGGAUGCUGAACAUUGGAAGGUGUUCUUUAGGGACUAUAUGAAUGAUCAAAUGAUUAGAGAAAUACAAAAAUUAGAAGAUGCUGAAACUAUUAUUGAUUCAUGCCUUAAAGUGUUGCUAAUGGAAACAGCUUGCCUUGGAAUAAAAAGUAGUGUAUUACAUGUUGGUUUUCUGUGUGGGGCUAUAGGGAUAAACAUAGAGCAACACUUUCAAUAUAAUACACAGUAUGGAUACACAUCAGAGGUAGUGCCUUGGAUCAAACAUUUACUUGGUGAAAGCAUUGAUGUUACUCGGCCUGACCUGCACAUAUUUUGGGUAAACCAUGCUGGCAUUGUAAAUGGCAUAUUGAAUCAUAUAGUUCCUUUAUUGAAAAUACCAGAAGAUACCUCAUAAUGUGAAUAUCUUUUGUUGAAUUCCAUCAUUGACUGGCUAAUCAAAGAGUUAGAAAUCAAAAAGGUAUAGUUGGCAGUAUAUGUUUGUAACAAACAGAGAAAAUUUAAAUUUGAAUCUAACCUUUGAAGUUAUUGUGUGUAUAUCAUUAUAAUAUGUUAUUAUAAUAAUUGGCAGGAAGUUACAUAGUAUUUGACAUUGUUGACAUUUGAAAGCAUUGAGUUAAUUAUAAUUAUGAGGUUUAGGCCAUAUUGUUUAUUUGGAGCUUCUUUUGUUGAACUGUUGAUGACUUCAAACAACUAGACCUUUUUGAAGGGGAAAAAAUAAGGUUGGCAUUUUACUCAGGUACCCACUUGUGCCUGAAAUAAUAAAUAGAGGGACAAAUGAAGUCCCCCUCCAUCAAUAAAGCUUAAAAGUUGUACAUUGGAAUGACAAUGAUAAAAAAAUAUAUAUAAAUUGCUGGAUGCUGAUAUGGUUGGAUGGUGGAAUGAUUGUGGAAGGAUGAAGUCUUAUUUGAAGUGCUGACAUUGCUAAUGUCAUAUACCAUUACCAUAAUUAUACAUGUCAUUAUAAAAUAUACAAUUUGCUUAAGGAAUAAUGUGCCAUAGUUUAUAUAAUUGUGCUAAGUAAAACUAUCAUUAAGUUCACUGUGAUCUCAUAGCUGACAAAGGUUCUCGAAUAAUUUUUACAUAUGUUUAUGGAGGGAUGCAAUGAUAUUCUAUGCAUGUAGAUAGUGUCAUAAUUAGAAUUGAAAUACAUGUAUAAAAUAAAAUGUGAUGAAUUAAAUGUUGUGAAUUAACAGAAACAGUUGUAGAAGGUAUAUAAUUAGUGAAUUAAGUAUGAAAUCGAAAUUCAUUAUAUAUUUUUAUAAGUAACUAGUAAAAAUUAUAUUCUAUAUUUAUAUAGGAGUCGAAUUUCUCAAAUAAAGUGCUCAUAUCUAAAUUGAAUUGCUCAAAGUAAAAAAAAAACAAAUGAUAAACUUGUUCUUGUAGUUUUAAGCUUACCUGAGAGCACAAAGUGCUCAUCUUAGUGUGCUUUAGUGGUAGCAGUGUGUUCGUCAUUGGUCAUUAUCAACAAUUUCUUUAACCAGUUGGAAGAUUUUGACUGAACUUCACUGGAAUGAAUAAUCUGUAGGUGACGCUCUACAGAAAUUCUAUACUUGAUUAUAUUUCCAUAAACAAAGUUAGGGGGUAUACCGUGCUCCUCUUAGUUUGUGGUACUUAUUGCUUUGAAACAGUGAAGAAAACAACAAAUUUUUAAACUUACGGUACAAAAAUUCCAUAAGCUGUAACAAACAGAGAUUUUCUGCUGUAUGACUUAAGGAAACAACAAAAUAUUCAGGCAAAAUCAGUUUUAAUUGGCGUAUGUUGGCCAUUUUGAAAAGAGUAUGUCAUCAUUUAAAUCGCGGUAAAUUGUGUUACACUAUAGUUUAUCCAUGUUUCAGUUAAAUUUCCAUAUGUUAUAUUGCUCAAUUUUAAACAUUUAAAAUGAUCUUUCUAUGUAGCUUUUUUCAACAAACAUGAACAAUUAGAAAAUGAUGAAUGUUUCAGACAUAUGCACAAAUUUAAUGGACUCUUGUAAAAUGUUCUGUUUUUAUGUAAAAAUCUUGAGAUUUACAAUGUUUUGCACAAAAACAUUGCUGUUAAGGUGUAUGAAUAAAAUAUGUCAAUUCUGACCAAUUUUAACCCUGGUCACAUGAAAAUAUGCCUUUACGUGAAAAUAAGUGAUGACGCGGAAUUAGAGAUGUUGAGUAUAUAUAGUAGUUAGUUAAAAUUUUGUUUUUACUCAAUCAAAUUAAAACCACGAAACAAAUGAUAUACUUAUAAAUCUUUGUUUAUGGCAUAACUGGCUAAGAAACAUCACACCAAAUGAAUGAUUAUAUGAUAAAUAUAACUAACAGUGGAAAUAAGACACAUAUGAUACAUGCUAGAAACCAUUAAGUCUGGUGUAGUCUAAGCCAGUAUGCUUCCUUCUUUCUUGGUAUUGGCUUAUGGUAUUGGCUCAUGUCCGCUGUGAAAGGGAAUUUUUAGCUGUCCUUCACAUACAUUUGUAUGGCAUGAAUAGUUUUCUAGUAGGUCUCCAACAAAUUUCUUCAAUUAAAGUCCAAGGGUAAAAUUUACUAAAAAAAAUAAAAAAUCUGUUGUUUUUUUUCUGAAUCCUCAAUGGCUGGUUCUUACAUAUUUAAUGUCAAUUCUUAGUUAUCAAUUGGAUUGCUAUCAAGUUUUAUUCAGUUACAUCCCUUGGAUAAAUCUUUGCCC